UCUCUCUUCUGACCUCCGCCUCCCUCUCUCCUGUUUCUCAGUCUCCCUACUCUACUCUUGCUCGCACAGCGCCGUCGCACUCUCGCCGCCGUCGGACUCCCUUCGAUCUCUGGCUUCCGCUCCCGCCUGCGCAACCCAGCUCCGCCUCUCUCGUUUCUUUUUCCAGCUCGCCGACUCCGAGCCGCCGCUGAUCUUUGCAGUGUCCACGCCUAGCUCGCCGAUUCGCCGUCGAAACCAAGGAUGACCGGCUUAUCUCUUGGAGAAAAGCAAUUCAUACAAGGCGGCAUUGCUCAAGACCUCCGCUCUGAUGGUCGUAAAAGACUAACUUACCGACCUAUAUAUGUCGAAACGGGGGUCAUUCCUCAGGCCAAUGGCUCAGCCAGAGUUAGAAUGGGUGGAACUGAUGUCAUUGCCAGUGUGAAGGCCGAAAUUGGAAGACCAAGUCCCCUACAACCCAACAAAGGGAAAGUUUCCAUAUACGUUGAUUGCAGCCCAACUGCCGCUCCAAUGUUUGAGGGUAGAGGGGGUGAGGAGUUGUCAACAGAACUCUCAGUCGCUCUUCAGCGAUGUCUUUUGGGUGGGAAAAGUGGAGCAGGUGCUGGAAUUGAGUUGUCAUCUCUGAUAGUUGUGGAAGGAAAAGUCUGUUGGGAUCUGUACAUUGAUGGUCUUGUCAUCAGUUCAGAUGGGAAUCUCCUAGACGCUCUUGGUGCUUCCAUCAAGGCUGCUCUGAGCAACACAGGCAUCCCCAGAGUGCACGUCGUAGCCGAAGCAUCCGGUGAAGAUCAACCCGAACUUGAUAUCAGUGACGAAGAAUUUUUACAAUUCGACACAUCUGGGGUUCCUGUCAUUGUUACAUUAACGAGGGUGGGCAGGCAUUAUAUUGUAGAUGCGACUCCGGAGGAAGAAUCACAGAUGAGCUCCGCUGUUUCUGUUUCCAUUAACAGGAAAGGGUUAAUAUGUGGUCUUACCAAGCGGGGAGGAGCGGGUCUGGAUCCAAGUGUCAUCCUCGAUAUGAUAUCCGUGGCUAAGCAUGUAAGCGAACAACUAAUCGAUCGGUUAGAUUCUGAGAUAUCUGCCGCUGAAGCCAUUGAAGAAGAAUGAUGCACUUGUCUAAGUCUUAACGUUCUUUUGGUAAUUUAGGCUACAGCCAAUCGGUCCGUUAGAUUCCAAGAUAUCUGCCUCCACAGUUUCCUGUAGCAUUAGUCAGUGUCUUAUGUGGCUGGAAAAUGUCCUCAAUUUGUUGUCCUCACUGGCUACUCAGAUUGAAAAAAGGCUUAUGAUUUGAACAAUUUUGGGGAGAAUGAGGCGGUCUACAAGGAAUAGGAUUCAAAGGGUCUGCUGGGGUGGGACUUCCUUCACCCAUCUGUGUCAAUCUAAGUUUUGUUUUUGCCAUCC